GUUUGCACAUGAGCAAUUGAAAAAUAGCCCAUCUGAGUGGAACACAGCAGAUCUGUAGACCAUGGACCAUCCCUUUUACUCGUGGUAAAACAGUAUCGCAAUAUGAUGACCCGCUUGCGAAGACGCUUUAAUACUCCCCAGGAACGAUUACCAUUAGUGUUUUCAGAAUUAGAAGAAUGGCUUGAAAAGAAGAAGAAGUAUGAAGAUCUGUUUACAAAAAGAGAGUUUCAGAAAUUUAUCAUGGGGAAUGAAUUAACAAAUUUCUUUGAGGACUGCGACCAUUAUCCUUCCCAGCGUGAUAUUAAAAAAACCUGGGCUUUGAUUAACAAAGACUCCUCUAUCAAGCUGCCUGAAAAAUUGAAAAAGCAGCAAGUAUUAGAAAUGGCAUUUACAAUGUAUCCACCUCUUGGAGCCAGACUGGGUAAUAGGUCCACUCGCUUGUCAACAUGGAUUAAGCCAAUAGUAGAGGGAGAAGAGGGACAGAAAUACAUAUUGUAUAAGCACCCAAUCCUAAAGAAAGCUGAUAUCCAAGUUGUUGGUGAUUUGAUAACAAAAUCAUUUCUUGGAAGAGGUCAGUCUUGA